AUGAACUCCCAUCAGGGGACUGCCGUAAUUCUAACGCUCCUCCUCCUCCUGGUCUCAACAUGCCAUGCCCUCCCCAAAAGGCCGCCCGGCCUGAGCCAAGCCGGCCAGUUCCUGGCCCCCCAGAACGCAGCCCGCGCAGCCAUCCAGAUGCCACCGCUCGCAUGGGACCUGCGCCUCGCGAGCUAUGCGGAUUGGUGGGCUGGGCAGAGGCAGCGGGACUGCGCCCUGAUGCACUCGAAUGGGCCCUACGGGGAGAACAUAUUCUGGGGCAGCGGCACAGGGUGGAACCCAGGGCAGGCGGUGGCAGCAUGGGUCUCGGAACGGCGGUGGUACGACUAUCGGAGCAACGGAUGCGCAAGGGGACAGAUGUGCGGGCACUACACCCAGAUAGUGUGGAGGAGCACGAGGAGGGUCGGGUGCGCCGUGGAGGUGUGCCUCAAUGGUGGCGGCACGUUCAUGGUUUGUGAGUAUGAUCCGCCUGGGAAUUACAUCGGAGAGAGGCCUUAUUGAACAAAUUUAUGGUGAGGUAAUUUUUCGAUGUG